AUGAAGGGCUUUUGUGUUGACAACAUUUCUUCCCAAAAUUUAAUGAAGUCAUCAGUGCAGAGAAGUAUCAAAAUGACAAUACUAAAACAAUAUCCCAAAUUGGAAGAUUUCAUUGAAGGUAUUUUUCCAAAAAAGGGACCCAUAUUUUUGGGGAAAUGCACAAAUCACGUAACUGUACUUAUUGCAAAUAACGAGAUUCUGUUUUUUCAAAUAAGAAACGGUCCUUGGAUACCCAACUUGAAAUUAUUACACAGAUAUCCAUUUAUAAUGCCACAAAUACAAGUCGACAAAGGGGCAAUAAAACAUGUCCUUAGAGGAUCGAAUAUAAUGUGUCCAGGGGUAACAUCUCCCGGUGGAAAAUUAGAUGACGUCGAAGCUAAUACAGUUGUUCAAAUUCGAGCAGAAAACAAGGAGUUCGCGUGUGCAGUUGGGAUAACCACCAUGUCAUCGAAACAAAUUUUGGAAAUAAAUAAAGACACAUGUGUUGAAAACAUCCAUUACUUAAAUGAUGGUUUAUGGAAUUGCAAAAUAGAGAGUUAG